AUGAGCCUUUGCAGUUUUAGAGCUAUCGACUCCAUAACUCACAGUCGACCUCGAUGUGAGUGUGCUGCUUGUGAGGCAUUGGUGAAGCAUGCGGGACCUUAUGUUAAACUUAUUGAAACAAUUUCCCCUGUCCCUAGUGAUACGGAUUUCUAUGCAUAUGAAGAUGGCUCCUCUGUUCCACCAUUCUAUUCUUCGGACGACUACGACGAUCACUAUGAUGAUUUGAAUUUCCACGAAGAUGACGACUAUUGA